AGCGCGCUGGGUCGGCCCGAUGGGGGUAAUCGAGGGUUUCGGGGACGCCGAGCGGCGCUUUCCUCUUCCCAGUGAGUGAGGGAGGGAAGUCGGCGGCUCUCGUGCCCGGCCACUUUCCCUGCGCGAUUCCCUGAGCUCCCUGCAGGAGGAGAAAGUCCCCGGCGGGUCCGGAUGGCGUAGUUGCGCCGCGGCGCAGCAGCUGCCGGAGCUCGCCGCCGCCGGGCGCGGGGCGGGGAAACUUCGCUCUGCUUUCCUCCAGCUUGUGGCGGGUGGAUCUCCGCUUGACACAUCGCCUCCAAGGCAAUUUGAAAAUUGGAAAGAAGGAUUUUAAGGCCACUUCCAAUCUGCAAAGAUUAUUUAUAAUCUGAAGAACUGCAGGCUGAGGUGACUGAACGGGACACACUUUUGGAGAAAUAAAAAUGGCUUCUCAUUGUGUGAUUGCCAUGUUUGCCCUGAUGAGUUCCUGUUUAGCAACUGCAGGUCCAGAGCCCAGCGCCCAGUGUGAACUGUCGCCUGUCAAUGCCUCCCAUCCAGUCCAGGCCUUGAUGGAGAGCUUCACCGUCUUGUCGGGAUGUGCCAGCAGGGGGACGGUGGGGCUGCCCCAGGAGGUGCACGUCCUGAACCUCCGCACUGCCGACCAGGGGCCCGGCCAGCCACAGAGAGAGGUCACUCUGCACCUGAAUCCCAUCUCCUCAGUCUACAUUCACCACAAGCCUGUCGUGUUCCUGCUCAACUCCCCACAGCCCCUGGUUUGGCAUCUGAAGACAGAGAGACUUGCAAUUGGCGUCUCCAGACUUUUCUUGGUGUCUGAGGGUUCUGUGGUCCAUUUUUCAUCAGGAAACUUCUCCUUGUCAGCAGAAACAGAGGAAAGGAGCUUCCCGCAUGGAAAUGAGCAUCUGUUAAACUGGGCCCGAAAGGAAUAUGGAGCAGUUACUUCAUUCACUGAACUCAAGAUAGCAAGAAACAUUUAUAUUAAAGUGGGGGAAGAUCAAGUGUUCCCUCCCACGUGCAACAUAGGGAAGAAUUUUCUCUCCCUCAAUUACCUUGCCGGGUACCUUCAGCCCAAAGCUGCAGAAGGGUGUGUGAUAUCCAGCCAGCCCCGAGAUAAGGAAGUACACAUCAUUGAGUUAAUCACCCCCAACUCUAACCCCUACAGUGCUUUCCAGGUGGAUAUCAUAAUUGACAUAAGACCUUCUCGAAAGGAUCCUGAGGUGGUCAAAGAUCUCAUCCUGAUCUUGAAGUGCAAAAAGUCUGUCAACUGGGUGAUCAAAUCUUUUGAUAUUAAGGGAAACCUGAAAGUUAUCGCUCCUAACAGUAUUGGCUUUGGGAAAGAAAGUGAAAGAUCCAUGAUAAUGACCAAAUCAAUAAGAGAUGACAUUCCUUCAACCCAAGAGAGUCUGGUCAAGUGGGCUUUGGACAAUGGCUGUAGUCCAGUAACAUCAUACACAGUGGCUCCUGUGGCUAAUAGAUUUCAUCUUCGGCUUGAAAACAAUGCAGAGGAGAUGAGAGAUGAGGAAGUCCAUACCAUCCCUCCUGAGCUACGGAUCCUGCUGGACCCUGGCACCCUGCCUGCCCUGGACAACCCACGCAUCCGGGGAAGGGGAGGCCAAAAUGGAGGUUUCCCCUUUCCCUUCCCCGAUAUCUCCAGGAGAAGCUGGAAGGAAGGGGGAGAAGAUGGGAUCCCUCGGCCAAAGGACCCUGUCAUCCCCAGCAUACAGCUGUUUCCUGGUCCCAGAGAGGCCGAAGAGAUGCAGGGGAGCAUGGAUGUUGCCCUGUCAGUCAAAUGUGACAAUGAAAAGAUGACUGUGGCUAUAGAAAAAGAUUCGUUUCAGGCCAGAGGCUACUCUGGGAUGGAGCUCACCCUGUUGGAUCCCACAUGCAAGGCCAAGAUGAAUGGCACCCACUUCGUUCUGGAGUCUCCCCUGAAUGGCUGUGGGACUCGGCACCGGCGAUCAGCCCCUCAUGGUGUGGUUUACUACAACUCCAUUGUAAUACAGGUUCCACCCCCUGGGGAUAGUAGUGGCUGGCCAGAUGGUUAUGAAGAUUUGGAGUCGGGUGAUAAUGGAUUUCCGGGAGAUACGGAUGAAGGAGAUACUUCCUUCUUCAGCCGACCUGAAAUUGUGGUGUUUAAUUGUAGCCUGCGGCAGGUGGGGAAUCCCAGUAGCUUCCAGGACCCACCCAACAGAAAUGUCACCUUCAACAUGGAGCUGUACAACACUGACCUCUUUCUGGUGCCCUCCCAAGGGGUCUUCUCUGUGGCAGAGAACGGACAUGUUUUUGUUGAGGUGUCCGUUACCAAGGCUGACCAAGAACUGGGAUUUGCCAUCCAAACAUGCUUUAUCUCUCCAUAUUCGAACCCUGAUAGGAUGUCUGAUUAUACUAUCAUUGAGAACAUUUGUCCUAAAGAUGAAUCUGUGAAAUUCUACAAUCCCAAGAGAGUGCACUUUCCUAUCCCGCAAGCCGAGAUAGAUAAGAAACGAUUCAGCUUUGUUUUUAAGCCCAUCUUCAACACCUCCCUGCUCUUUCUACAGUGUGAGCUCACAUUGUGUACCAAAAAGGAAAAGGACCCCCAGAAGUUACCUAAGAAAUCAGAACCCUUUGACCUUGCUGGCGUGGCCAAGUGUGUGCUUCCUGAUGAAGCCUGCACUUCGCUGGAUGCCUCGAUGAUCUGGGCCAUGAUGCAGAAUAAGAAGACGUUCACCAAGCCCCUCGCUGUGAUCCACCAUGAAGUACAAUUUAAAGAAACAGGUCCAAGCAUUAAGAAACCGAUUCCAGUUUCUCCACCGAUAUUCCAUGGUCUGGACACCCUAACCGUGAUGGGCAUUGCGUUCGCAGCAUUUGUGAUUGGAGCACUGCUGACAGGGGCCUUAUGGUACAUCUAUUCUCACACAGGAGAGACUGCAGGAAGGCAGCAGGUCCCCACCUCCCCACCAGCCUCGGAAAACAGCAGCGCUGCGCACAGCAUCGGUAGCACGCAGAGCACGCCCUGCUCCAGCAGCAGCACAGCCUAGCCUGCCCCACCCACCAGCAAGGGCAGGACUGGGAGCCCACGCCUGGGUCCAGAUUCCAGACUCGGGAGGCUAGAUUGUGGGUCCCUGGUAAAGAGAGUGAAUUUCAAUAUAGCGAUCACCUGUUGUGUUCACCCCCCACCCAGGACUAAUAUAAAUGUGACCCCUGGGCUUCUGUAACACACUAGAUUCAUGUGAGAAAGCUAAGGUGGUGGCCUUCUCCACCAGCCCCUCACAGGCUUGGGGGUUUUCAAUGUGAAACACAUGCCAGUUUUUAAAAUGCUGCUUUGUCCAGGUAAGAACAUCCGUAAUUUGGAGCCCUGCGUUUUACCCAGAUGCAAAGGGUUGGUAAAAGGAUAAUAGCCAGAUAGUAGAACCAGUGAGUAGAUGUGGCCAAAGAUUCUUUUAUAACUGAACCAAGAUGUAAAACAACAGAAAUGCUUCAAGGCUUUCUCAGUGUGUUCCUCCAUUUCUAAUUUGCACCUUCUGGAUGCACACUUCUCACCUUGCUGCCACACUUGUGGGGACUGCUGAGUCGGCUUGAUGGGUGCUGCCCUCACGGACUGCAUCCUGACACACCUCAAGGCAACAUUCCUUUCUUGUGCCCUGGGCCAAAACCAGUGCUGAUUUCCUUAUCAGCUUCCUCCUUCUCCCCACAUUCACACACCAACUGCAAAAAUGUCUUAAUGCAAAUUUUGCAUUUCUUUAUAGGCAUCUAGAAAUUGACAAUGGCCAAAAUCUGGGACUGAAGAUUUGUGCCCAUUUAUGACAAUGUGUUCUAGUACAUUAAUGUGUAAAUGGGGGCAAAAUUCAGUUGUAAAGUUGAGGAAUUUGCACAGUGAUAUAUGUACCAGUACAAGUAUGUAAUAUGUCAUUUGGCACAUUCGUUUUUUUCAGUUUAAGAAGAGAAAAUUAAUUCCCAUUUUAAAAAUGUCCUACACCUUCAGAGUUGGAACUUAUUCUUAAAUAUAUUUGAGAGAAUUAGUGUUUCCAUGCAAAACAUGUCAACCUUUUCAAUAGACCCUUCUGUAAACACCAAGCUCUUGUAAGGUACAAAUGUAUGGCAGAUCCUUUUGGAUUCCUGUUGGUUAUCUGAACAGUGUCACCAGUUCUGCCAGGAAACUGAUGAGAUACGGAAAAAGACACUCAUUUGGAUUGCUUUAGUUCUCUUGCCUUAAAUAUAGCCCCAGAACUCAAAAAGAAUUUGAGGUGAAUUUUAUUAAAAUGGAAUAAUAUGAUGCCACUUUGCAGCUAAAAUAAGCUCAACUGAUACCUCUAUGCUAAAAAAAAAAAGAUGCCAGAGGAAAAUGUCCAUGCCAGAUCAUUUACUACUGAAGGUAACUUCAUUGCAAAUAAAUAUUACUUUUUCCAGGAUUCUCCCAAACAACUCAGAAGUCUACAAAUAGAACAGGCUAGAUUCUACCCCCAAACUAUUCAUAAGCAAAUCUAACUGCUCUUAAAAUAAGGAAGUUGUGCCUGGUUCUCUGUGAAUGGAAUCUUAAGUAGGAAAUGUUGAUGUCACCGGAGACCUGAGGGCAGUGUCUACAAGGCAAAUAGGUAGAGAUUGACAAUCGUUAACCCAUCAUGGAGUCAUGCUCUGAUUGAUUUGAUAGUUAUAGACAUUCAAUCGGGAUGAUUUUAAUCAAAACAGAUUGCGGGCUAAGAUUUCCAGGCUAUCUAUAUUGAUAAUUUUGCAGAUUUUCACAGACAAAUAAAGAUAGGAGAUUAGAAAAAAUUUUGCCUUCAGUUAACUUUUUUUAACAUAAAGGUAUCAGAGUGGAGGGCCUAGAUUAUGCUACCUGUGUUUGAAAAUAAUGCGCUUUGCCUAACCUUCAGCAGAAUGUAUUGUUUUAGCAUAUUCUAUGUAUAAAAAAGUUUAAAGAUGUCUUCAAAGAAGACUAGAGUCUUUAAGUCACUUAUAGCUAUAUUUUACUACAAAAAUCUGUGUAUAAAGAUAUAUUUAAGUGUUUUAGAUAAAUUUAAGUUACUCCAUAUGAAAUGUUUAAUUUCAGUUACUGUGAAUUCUUUUGAUCAGUUCUUUGCUUUUUAAAAAUCCGUAUCCAUACUGUUAAAAAGAUGAUUAGCUAUUAAGAGGUAUUAAAAGGUCCAAUUCUUAGAUGGACAGGGUUAAAACCUUUUGUAAUAUAUUUAAAUGUAUAUUUUUGAGAGAGAUGCUACAUUGCCAAUGAUUUUAUAAAUAAUUUAAAAUUAAUUUACAAAUUUA